GAGGCAGGUUGAUUUUUUCUUGGGGAACCACCGGCUUACUACAGACAAUGAUGAGUCGGUGAAAGUGCCGUUUAUCAAAGUGAAUAUCGCGUAUUUCUUCCUCCUCCUUCCUCUUCUUUAUAAAUACUGUACGACUUCUCAAUCGAAAUGACGACGACCACCAAUUAUCAAGGGAUGGAGCCCGGCUCAAAAAGCAGCUCGAGAGUUCUGCGCCCUCCUGGUGGCGGCUCCAACAUUUCGUUUGGUGCAGAUCAAGAUAAGCCCCCUGUCAAGAAAGACAAGAUGGCCUCCAGUGUGUUCGCUGAACCAGAGGACCUCUAUGCUAAUCGAAGGAACAACCCACCAGGGGGCAGUGCUACAGGUGUGCUGUGUGGUGAGCCAUCGGCCCCUUUGAGAAGAGGAGGAAAUCAAACCACCAACUCUGCAGACGCUCCCACUACAGAUGGAGAAAAUUAUGCGCACAAUAACGAAAACUGCGUGGCGGCCGAGCCCGAAGCGGCCCCGGCGCCGCAGGAAGAAGCCCCUCCAGCCGAGGAGUCCGCUGCAGGAGGUGCGUCCGGCCGCAGGAAUCCUCCCGGGGGCAAGUCCAGCCUCAUCCUGGGUUAAAUCCACCGCCAACUCCCCCCCCCCCCCCUCUCCUCCUUUACAUCCUCUCAUCUCUGAACUCAUCAACUCUUUUGGUUACCAAGGAAACCCCCAGCCCAUUUUGUCUGUACCGCAGGAACCCUAUCUGACGUCUGCCGGACAUCCAGUCUCCUCCAAGUGCAUUGUUUUGAUACCUCUUUUUUUAAAAACUGUUUUGUACUGUUUUUAUUGUUUGUUUCUUUUUGACAGAAGCACUUUAUGUAACUCUAAUUACAUGGUUCAAAGUCUGCCUUCUACCCGUCUGUAUUUGCAUUUGACCUGGCAAAAAAAAAAAAAAAAAAAAGGGUACAAGGAUCACGUCUCAUAUCAACCUGGUGGAAUACACUGUAUGUCCCUUAACUUUAUUGCAGCAGCACACAAGCCUGUAUGUGAUUAUAGGAGCAGUCUUAAGAACACGGGGCAGACAAGAAGCUGUCUCUUUCUACACUGUGUUCACUUUCGACCCUCUCUCUCUCUCUCUCUCUCUCUCUCCCUCUCUCCCUCUCUCUUUUUGCAUGCAUGUCCGGUCCGUUAUGUACGAAUGUGAGAACAUAACUGUGAAUAUGAUUUUAUUUUUUUUCUUCUAAGUUGAAACUGUUUGUUUGUUAAGUCGUUUUUUAGUGGAAUAAUUGUUGUAUUGUUGUUGCAUGACGUAAUCUGAAGAAACUUUCUACCCAUUAGAAUAAUAUAGUCCACAUGGGGGGGGGGGGGCGCACAUAAAUUCAGUCAUUUUGAUCAAACAAUCCGUCUUCAGAUGUAGAUUCCCAUGUCAGGGAACUCGAUUUGGAAUAAGCCUUUUUUUUGUAUAUCGUAGUCACUAAAUAGAUUUAUCGUAACCCCCCCGGUGCCAGAGUGUUUUUUAUAGGUCGAAUUAUCUCUGAAAUAAAAGUGUGCCUGUUUGUGUGUUAGGCUACAACAUCAAACAAGGUUGGGUUUCCACAGUUGCAUCCUCACAGUAUCGCCCAGGCUCAAUGGAUUCUCGUUGGUCCUGAUACUCCAGUGUUACUAGUAAACCCAUCUGAGAUUUGACAAGUGACCUUAUGACAGCUCAGCCUUUUUUUUUCUUCUUUUUUUUGUAUAUGCGUUACCCACCUUAUGCAUUUGUUUCCGCUCCUGCUCUUCUGGACAUGUACAACAGUUGUUUACGUACAUUUCAUGCAUUAUUUAAACCAAAAUUCAAACUCCCUCCUGCACCUGUCCUUGUUGAGUCAUGUGUGUGUGUGUGUGUGUGUGUGUGUGUGUGUGUGUGUGUGUGUGUGUGUGACUGCUGUGUCAGACGGCCGUCACGCGACUAAACCUGCAUUUCAGGUCCAUGAAAUGUAAACUUCUGUGGUUUAUACUUUGAAUAUGUGUUGUGAUGCCAGGCAUUGCUGUUUGCAUCCUCUACCAAUUUCCUGUUGCUGGAUGUAGUCAAGUCACUGAAGAAAUUUGAAGUUAAGAAACGGCACAAGUGGAAAUGAACAUUAAAAAUCAUUUUUGACCAUG